GCAAGGCUUCAGUUGGGGGGGGGGGGGGGCGCGCGCGCACCUGCGCCCUCCCUCGGCCCCCUGCGCCUCAGCCGGGCGAGCGCGGCCGGGCGCCGCUGGCGACCCUCGGCUUCUCCUCCUCCUCCUCCUCCUCCUCCUCCUCCUCCUCCGGGAUAACGCAGAAGACAGGGGUUAAAAUGAAUGAAGAUCUGAAGGUUAAUUUGAGCUGGCUGCCUCAGGACCAUGUAGAAGCCAGCUCCCCCGAGAAUGCCUCAGCUGCAGGCUCCUCCCUGGUUCCUGUCGUAGACCCAGAGCCAGAGCUCUUGGUAAACCCCUGGGACAUUGUCUUGUGCACUUCAGGGACCCUCAUCUCCUGCGAAAAUGCCGUUGUGGUCCUUAUCAUUUUCCAUAACCCCAGUCUCCGCGCCCCCAUGUUCCUCCUGAUAGGCAGCCUGGCGCUCGCAGAUCUCUUAGCGGGAAUUGGACUGAUCAUCAAUUUCGUUUUCGCGUACCUGCUGCAAUCAGAAGCUACGAAACUGGUUACGAUUGGACUGAUUGUUGCCUCUUUCUCAGCAUCUGUCGGCAGCUUGCUGGCCAUUACUGUCGAUCGUUACCUCUCCCUGUAUUACGCUUUGACUUACAAUUCGGAGAGGACUGUCACUUUUACCUAUGUCAUGCUUAUAUUGCUCUGGGGAGCAUCUAUCUGUAUUGGACUGCUGCCUGUAAUGGGCUGGAACUGCCUCAGAGAUGAAUCCACCUGCAGUGUUAUCAGACCGCUCACUAAAAAUAACGCGGCUGUCCUUUCGGUCUCUUUCUUGCUUAUGUUUGCCCUCAUGCUGCAGCUCUACAUUCAGAUCUGUAAAAUCGUGAUGCGCCAUGCCCAUCAGAUUGCCUUGCAACACCAUUUCCUGGCCACUUCCCACUAUGUGACCACCCGAAAAGGAGUGUCUACUUUGGCCAUUAUUUUGGGGACUUUUGCUGCUUGCUGGAUGCCUUUUACACUCUAUUCUCUAAUAGCAGAUUACACCUAUCCUUCUAUAUACACCUAUGCCACCCUCCUGCCAGCUACCUACAAUUCCAUCAUCAAUCCUGUAAUAUAUGCUUUUAGAAACCAGGAGAUCCAGAAAGCGCUUUGGCUCAUCUGUUGUGGCUGUAUUCCUUCCAACCUGUCCCAGAGAGCAAGAUCGCCCAGUGAUGUCUGACUGGCAGCCAGGAGCACGCUGCUUAACACGUUACUUCCCAGACAUUCUUGCGACACUGUCUUUGGUUUAGAUGCAUUCAUUAACCGGUGUGUGAUGGGCUCGUAUAAAAACCACAGAAUGUGCUGACCUCUGUGUAAACAGCAAACCCCAGAGACCAAAAUGAAUCAAGCGGUUUAAGAGAGAUCUCCAAAAUCAAAAUAAUCAGUGUUCUUACAGAUUUAUAAUGUUGCUCAGGGUCUUUUGUUAUGAAUAUAUAAUCCAGACUUUGCCACGUUUGCCAUAAUUUUACAUUAAGUUUGCUAAUUAAAUAUAGAUUGAAACAGCAUACCUCAUCUGAAAUUGUUUAUGUGAUUGAGUUCAGCCAUACUGCACGUUACAGUCUGUUGUCAGGGUAUUUUUUCCCUCAUUUUUUCUCACUAAAGCAGAAGGAAAAAAAAAAAAAAAGAAAACACAUGUCCUGUUACCACAAACCCAAACGUAUAUCAUCAGAAUACUCUUCAAAAUAAUGGCCAAUUGUACUGGUUUAUAUGGUAUGUGUUGUAAUAAUCUCAGUGCAGCAAAUUUGCUCUAAGUGAGGAAGUACUUGUAUGGCUUUUACUUUAUGUCUCAGCAUGAAUUAGCUCUAUCUUUAUUUUUGAAGAGUUACCUGCCCUCUACUGAGUUCUGGCUGGAUGUUGAAACAGAAGAUAUGCUUUGUCUCCCUAUUCAAAAGCCAGGCUUCUGUUUUCACUUAGAUGUGGGGCAUCAGAGCUCAUUAUAUUAUUAAUUUUAAAAGAAUUCAGUGGGGAGUUUCAAAAUUGAUGAAACAAUAUGGCCUCUUUCGGCUGUGCAUUUGUAAUAGAGGCAACGCUUCCAAGCUUCUUGGACAAGUUUGCCUUUUAAUAAGGAAAUAUCAAAUAAAAUCACUUACAAAUUACUUGCAACAUGUAUUUAGUUCAUUUCUGCAUGAAAUGGUUCCCCCGAAGUUUGUUAUCAAGUCAAAACUAUUUGCACUUACUACACUUGUUUUUUGCUCUUCUGCUAUAAUUUGAAAUACAGAAGUUGAUAAAUUCUCAGAGCAUAUCUGGUCCGUAAUUGUAUGCAACCAGAACUGCAACAUGAAACGACGUUUUCUCCUUCUCUGGCAGUUUCAUCCAUUACAGAUUGUGAUUCUGUGCACUGUAUGCAUGGCAGUUCACUUCGUUAUAGGACGAUAGUUCUGGUCUCAAAAGCUUCCUCUCAUGGUUAAAUUUAAAACUGCUUCUAACCUUUUACUGAAGCCACAUUAGAAUGCAAUAGGAAUAAAAUGUUGUUUUCUAAUCUGAAGACUUGAUUGUCAGAGAGAAAACCUUCCUGGGCGAUUUCUUCAUGAAAUUUAAGGCUACUGUCAGUGCAUGGGAGCCCAUGGCACCGCUUCCACUGGCAUUCAUGGGAGCUCGCUGUGGCCAUGCCCUGGCAUCAGCAGGAGGUUACACUCCCUUGAAUGUCAAAGUCAGUGUACUGUGGUGUUGCUUCAGUAUCUUCCAUUACGGUUUAAAAAAAAAAAUCUCAAGUGUAAAAAUAGCAAUAUUUACAGUUCAAUUAAGAAAAAAAUGCCUGUAUAGUAUAGAUUGUAGAGACAACUGUGUUGCUGGUCUGGAUUUUUCCAAAUGGAAUCUGUCCUUCUCACAUGGGUGUUUGGGUGACUGUAGCUUUUUGUGGCAGAGUUUCUGUGAUGUUAGGAAUCAUAUGCUAUACACAAAGCUGAAUCUCAAAUGUGAAUGAAUUGUCUGUAAACGAGGCUCUGUAGAGGUUUUAUGAGCAAUAACUAAUUUAAGUUGCAAUGCUGGGUUCAAAUUCCAUUAUCUACUUGAUUCAACCUUCCUGAUAUUUGGCUCUUACUUUGUAAUCUGAUUAGUUCAAUAAUUGCAUGGCAUGGUCUAGUAGAGCUGUGAGCGUGCAGCUCCCUUGGCUUCGCUGCAAUUUACAGAUGCUCAGCACAGUUAGACUGUGGCCCCUACUCUGCGUAGGAUAUUGGUGUUCUUUAUCUACUUCCGAAUGCUAAUGAAACUCUAGUCGUUGCCAAGUCCCUGUUUUGCUACGGAUUUUUGUAUAAGAAAUAAUCACUUCAUAAAUAUCCAUGCUCUGUAUGCGUGCAGUUUUGCA